GUGUGGGGUCCACUUCCGUCCGGGGGCGCGGCUCGGGCUCGGGGCCUGAGGAGACUGGGUAUAGUGUGUGCCUUCCUCUGGGUGCCCCGUUUCCCCCUCAAGCAAUUUCGGUUCCGUGUGUCGGAGCCCCACCCUCGGGUCUGCGGGUCCCGGGGCGUCUGUGCUCCGGCCUCUGUCCCGGGGGGUCCCGCGGGGCCGGGGCCGGGGCUGCCCGAGGAUCCUACGCGGAGCCUCGCUGGUGAGCGACCGCCGGGGUUGCUGACCUUUGAGGAUGUGGCCGUAUCCUUCAGUCAGGACGAGUGGGGUUAUCUGAACUCUGCCCAGAGGAGCCUGUACAGGGAUGUGAUGCUGGAGAAUUUUGGGAACAUGAUCUUGUUGGGGUUCCCCAUCUCCAAACCUGACUUGAUCUGUAUGCUAGAACAAGAGGAAGAACCCUGGAGCCUGGAUCCAAGAGGAGCUGAAGAAAGAAGCUUCCAGGGAGAUUGCCAAGACAGGACUGGGAACAAGGAGUUGAUAUUAAAGCAGAAAAUUCCUGAAGACAUUGACUCAAAGACAGAAAUAUUUGAAAUACUGUUAGGUGGUGUUUCUCAGAAUUUAGAGCUUGAAGCAUCCUGUGAACUUGAGGAUCAUUUAGAGAAGCAAAUGGAAAAUCUAGUAGGAGAGAGAGAAGACCCUUUCCUGCUCCAGCAGAGUUCAAAACAAAUGAUAGUCGCCUACCAGGAAAUUUCAAGAGAAGACAGUGACCGAGUAGUGACCUAUCCCAGGUCUCCUACAGGAGAGAGACCUUACAAAUGUGAUACAUGUGGUCAAGGCUUCAAGCGUAGCUCUGACCUUAUUAAACAUGAGAAAAUGCAUAGUGGGGAAAAGCCCUAUGAAUGUAAGGAAUGUGGGAAAACUUUUAAUUGGAGUUCAGCCCUUAUUCAGCACCAGAGGAUUCACACUGGAGAGAAACCCUACGAAUGUAAGGAAUGUGGGAAAGCUUUUGGGUGGAGCUCAGAGCUUAUUCGGCACCAGAGAAUUCACACUGGAGAGAGGCCCUAUGAGUGUAGUGAAUGUGGGAAGGCUUUUGUUAGAAGCUCAGCUCUUAUUCAGCAUCAGCGGAUACAUACUGGUGAGAAGCCCUAUGAAUGUAAUGUUUGUGGGAAAACCUUCCGUCACAGGCCAACACUUGUUUACCAUCAGGGAAUUCAUACUGGGGAGAAACCCUAUGGGUGUAGUGUAUGUGGGAAAGCCUUUACCCAGAGCACAACCCUUAUUGAACAUAGAAGAAUUCACACUGGAGAGAAGCCCUAUGAAUGUAAUGAGUGUGGAAAAGCCUUCAGUCGGAACUCAGCUCUUCUUCAACAUCAGCUAAUUCAUACUGGAGAGAAACCUCAUAAGUGUAAUGACUGUGGAAAAGCUUUCCGUCACAGGUCAGCUCUUAUUUAUCAUCAGAAUUCAUACUGGCGGGGAACUCUUUGGAUGUAAUGGAAAUUGGAAAGCCUUCAGCUUUUCUUUUGUACAUUAGCAUCACUUAUCUCACAUUUAACCUUGGAGAAUUCACACCACAGGGAAAUCCAAUGGAGGUGAUGCAUGUAAGAAUGUCUUUCAACACAGGUCAAUUGCUAUCAUUGAAAUUCAGUAUUGUAAAUUAGAUGUUUCCAUCACAGUGAAGGGAUUUGUGUGUUGGGCUGUGUUCUAAAAAUGGUUCUUUAGUUCUUCUAUAAGCAGUGCUCCCUGUCCUUUUUCCAGUUUUUCCUAGUAUGUCCUUACUUAUUCUCAGCUCCUAAGUAGCCAAAGGGUGUUAGUGUCAGUUCAUUCCCUUUGUACUUACUAGGAACAACUCUGUUUUAACCACACCCCAAGUUUUCCUGGUCUGAUAAUUUCACAGAUCUUCCAGAGCAAAGAGAUCUUGUUCAGAGUUUAGUUCUCUGUUCUUCCUGUUUUUUUGUUUUGACAGUAUUAGUUUCUUUUUAGAAACUGUGAUGCGUUCUCUUCCCCUAAUUGACCAAUUUUCUAAAUAGACAUUCUUUUUGGAAAAAACACAUUAAUUCAGCAAUUUACAACCUGAUGUUUUAAAGGAGCCAGAUGGUUUUUGUUUUCCUUUAUAACCCAUAUCUUCUGUCUUAGAAUCAAUCCUGAGUUUUGGGUUCCAAGAUAGAAAAGUGGUAAGGGUUAAAUAAUGGGAGUCAAAUGACUUGCCCAGGGUCACAUAGGAUGUAUCUGUGGCCAAAUUUAACCCAGGGCCUUUUGUCUUCAGGCCUGGUCCUAUCCACUGAAUCACUUAUCUAGCUACCCCUCUAUAUUGUUCUUUUUUUUUUAACAAAACCAAACACAAUUUAAACAAAAUUAAAACAACAAAUGCCUCAAAAAAUAUUAGAAAACUGAAACAGAUAUCUUCUUCAUAUUAGUUAAUGAGCCAGAUCCUUAAGUAAACACAGAUCUUGACCAACACCUGAAAAUCCACACUGCCACAACAUGAAUGGAAUUCAUUUGUGAGCAUCAUAGCUCUAAGAAUUGACAUUUUGUCAAGACCAUUAACAACUAUAAGCUCACAAGCAGGGCAGUGAAUCCCAUGGAACCCUUAACUCAGGAUCACAUGCAAAUAAGCUAUUAACAUUUGUUGAUUGAUUUUCUGAAGGAUAAAAUUCUUGAAUAAAGUUUUUAUCUUGCCCUUCUAAAGCAACAGUCAAGGAAAAGCUUUAGAAAUUAGAAUUUGUUUCUACAAAAUCUUUCUUCAUUGGGAAAAUAGAGCUGACUAACUUGACUUUAUAGUUCCCACUUAGAGGGACUGAGAAUCCUGGCAGCUGCUUAUGAUCUGAAAGCAGGCUGGUACCUAGAACAAGUAUUUAAUAUUUAUAAUGUCUAUUUGGGAAUAAGAUGAUGAAUUCUUGAUAAGCAGAAAUGCAAGGGCAGUGACCUCCAGGAAACUAGAGAUACAGAUUUUGGAGCCCUCAACAAGUGGAAUAAAGCUAAGUAUUCCUAAGCUUUAUGCUACCAUUUAACUGCAGUUAGGCUAUAUCUAAGAGAGUCAUCAUUCUUGUGGGGAACAUACACAUUCAGUACAGUAAUGUUCCUGAAAUUUUGAGAUUUUGCAGAUGGAUAGAUUAUUACUAUUUCUGGUGUCAAGCACUUGUUUCUGAACUCCAGAAAUGCAGAUAUUGGGUUUAGUUGCAUUUGCUAAAAACCAGAGUGAUAAUUGCAAGGCAAGCUGGAGGAGGGAGAGAAGAAAUAAAGGAAACUUGCUAUAACUGCUGUUACUUGAUUUAUGAUUAACAAUAAAAUGUCUCAUGAUAUGUGUGAUAUGAUG